CGAUGUGUGACCUGGACCUCGAAUCUCGGGAUUAUCAGAUUGGCAACGCUAAGACUCUGCACCACUACUAUAUAUAAAUAUAUCUAUAUACAAGUGUGCACUGUAGAGAAAUCGAAGCAGAGCAGCGCGAGGCGACGACGUGAGUCGAGCGCAGGCUCCAACUAUAUAUAACACAUACGCUUAUACCUUACUAUACACUCCCACGCAGUAACGCACGGACGCGACUAAAAUCUCGCACACACGUGUGCCAGCAAAAAAGUAGAGGCAGCCAGUGUCUCUGGCGACAAAACACACGGCAGUAGGAGCCAGCCAGCCGCGAGCUGCGGUGCAGUGCAUAUCUAUAUACAUACAUAUACGAUCGCGUAUAUAUCGUGCAUGCGAAUCUCCGAUCCGUGGAGCGCGAUGUGAGGAGAAGCGGAGCAACGAACUGCGGGCGUCUCUGGCCCGACGGUGUGUGUUGUUUGCGGGGCGUCCCGAGAGUGGCUUGGACGGAAGAAAAAAACACGUUCCGAGAGCAACAGCUAGUGUGUGUCGUACACUGUACGCAGAGAGAGAGAGAGAGAGAGAGAGAGAGAGAGAGAGAGAGAGAGAGAGAGAGUGAGAGAGAGAGGGAGAAAGGCAAGUAAGCACGCGAGUCUCUCUCCGGGGGGGUCGGCCAGAAAGGCAGCCCCCCAUCGCGGUGUCUAAUGUCAUCGGCGGCGGUGACGACGGCUUCCCGACUCCCCGAGCAGUUCGCGGCGCGCCGUUAUCGGGGAGCUUGCGGCAACGAGAUCACGCUGCAGCAGGUCGCCGCCGGCAAUGGCGCGGUCGAGUACGUGCUGAGGGACGAGAGUCACCGGCGUGGAUACAGCGGCCUCGAGCUCGGACUGCUCUGCCUUGCGCUUGCUCUCUGGACCUACACCGGCUCGCCCGCCUGCGCUGCUCUAGGUCUUCUUGCGCUGGCUGCGAUCUUCAAGAGCGCGCUCUUCUUCGAUAGGACCAAUACGUUGUUACUAGUUGAGUCGGUGGGAGUCCACAUUAUAAAUCGAAAGACUAUUUUCGGUGCAUUAGAAGAAUAUUUACCUUGGAACUCCAUAACCGAUGUUUUCAUAAAUGAAGUCAUAUCAGAGCAAAAGGUUUUGUACUACUUGACGUUUAUUGUAAAGGAAAUCACUGGAAAUGGAGAGGAACGUAUAAGGCUGAUCCCUCUGUUUCCUGAUUUGAAGCCAGAAAGAAAAUGCCUGGAAUACAUGUACGUUCGCUUAGCAGACUCCAUUGGGAAAACAGGGACAAAGAACCAGCAUUAACCGUUCCUGGAUCUUAUUGGUUAUGUCACAAAAAUAAUAUUUACAAAUUCACAUUCAAAUUUCAUAAAACUAUAAGAAAUUUGUCACAUUUCACUUAUAGUAAGGAGUUGAUGAAAAUAAUAAGAAGGGUCAUCAAGUGGCAACCCCGACAAGGACAGCAUUUUAGUACUAAAAAUCUACUUGUAACCUACAAUCAUGCUUCGUGGACGCGCCAGGAUAAGAUGUUCGCGGUGAUGAAAUUUUGCGACAGGCCAGACGCUAACGCAUUUCCUCACGCAUUCAUCCUGACCGUCAAAAUCAUAAACCAGGAAGUAGAGUUGCAGCAAACAGAACAAACCAUGGGCUCCACCGCAGCGAAACCAGAUUCGGAAAAUCCUCCAGAGUGCGUCUCAGACGCCUUCAACGUAACACCGUCAGUGCAGCCAUUAUUGGAAAAUUCGCCAAAAGAGGGGGAGGUUAAUGGAGAUGAGAGUACUCCAAGCAUCGAGUCAACAAACGGCUACAAUAACAAGAAGGAUGAGGACGUUUCUUGGUCGCCACGCACGCGUUUACGUCUCAAACAGUUAGACAGUCAAGGGUCUUUGAAUAUUACGGAAAAAGAAUCUCCAGCGGUAUCUCAAGUGUGCGUCGAAGCGACCAAUGGUACUACACAAAGCCUGAAAAUCCAGGGAGUGGAGCUAGGGGUGGGCGGCGGCAGCAGUAAUAACGGUAGUAUUACAAUGAGAGAUAUGGACUGCAAUUCGCAGAGUGAGCCUUCGGUCAGGUCCGAAAUGCCGAUAACCUUACCGCAACGUUUAGACAUUAGUAAAUCCUGCCUAGACGACGACGAGGAUAGCAAAUCGAGCAGCGGCUCUCAGUCGGAUUCGGCUAGCCUGCCCUAUCAGUACCUCAUCGAGCGGGAUAUAGAAAGAGAGCUGCAGAACUCCAAAAACAACAGUAAGUCGUGUUCCUUCAAAGAGAACGAUUCAACUAGUGCAAACGUGUCAGUGCCCGUAAACACUUGUGAUUCUUCCUUAGACGGCACCGCAGAAAACGACUCAAAGUCUUCAAAAGAUUCUCGAAAAAGUAGUGGCAAACUCAGAUCAAGGCAGGAUUCAAAGGACAGCGAGCCAGCACCGCCGGACGUCGCAAAUUUACGGUCUUCCGAUAUCACCGAUCUGGUGAUGAAAGGUUUGAUGUUCACAAUAAGACAGGAUAAAGACACCGUUACAGUUGUUGAACAAAAGACAAAGCUCGAGGUCGACGAAGUUCUCGAGAAUUCCGAAAAAGUCGAGACGAAAGAGGGUGAUCCGUGCUUGUUGAACUCUAGUUUAUUAUGGCUCGAGAAGAUGAUCACCCGAAUGCAGGAGCCCCCUGCCAGUCUUCCUGAACAGUCGCACAACGGCUUGCCCAACGCUCUCGUCUCCUUCAUAGAUCUCACUCACAGCGCUAAUUUGGAGACGGAAGAAAAACUCAAUGAGGCAGAUACUGCGGAAAAGAAAGAGGUUUGCCAGAACACCGCUGCUCUCGAAACAGCCAACUGCUGGUCUCAAUUUUUCCCUGAUAAAGACAUCUCGGACUCGACUUUCCACAAAAUUGAAAAAGCUCUGGGAGAUUCGAGUAUGUAUCUGAACGAUGAAGAUGGCAUUGACGACAUGGAAUUGAGGCUAGACGACGAGGAAGAAGAGGAUAUCAUUCCCGAAGCGCUUGUGCAUAAUUCACUUUUUGACGGUGCACUCGAUGCUAUGAGUAAAACGCCCUCGUCCAUGGAGGCUUUUGAAGAUCUACUUAUGGAUGAUAUGGAACCGAACGAGGAUGUCAUCGUGGACGAAGUAGUUACAAAGCUUUCAACCAUAAGUCGACCCUCUAGUGCUCUCUCGCUGAACGAAAAUAAUCUGGGAAAGGACUCGCCCAAAUUAUCUAAAAUAAAAGUGAUAUCAAAUCAGAUUAUAACAAACGACCAAAUUCCACCAGCAUUAUUAAAAGCUUUAAAAAGCAAACAACAGUCGCAGUCGCAAAAUGGUAGUGUUAAAUCAAGUAGCGAUGACAGCAGCAGAGACUCUCUUAAAAGUAAUAAUGAAAUCAAUAUAAAACAUAUUGAACCUGUAAUCGAAACUAGUGCUAAUAUAAUCGUGGAAAAUAAUAACGUGACGGAAGUUAAGGAUGUUAAUGAAUUAAGUGUUGAUGCUAAAGUUGAAGUUAUGUUAAAAAAACUCAAAAAGAGUGAUUUCGAAAAUUACAAAACUAGUAAAUCAUCCAGCAGUGUGAGUAAUCAAGAAAUUAGGUCAAAGCCAUCAAGUGCUGUUGAUAUUUCAAAUGAUAAAAGUUCACAUAAAACUACUAGCUCAAAAAAUAGCCAUAAAUCUAAUUCAAAUAUUACUCCAGUAGAUAAUAUCAGAUUAACUCGUUCUAAUUCGAAAUUAAAUACAAAAUCAAACGAACAAUCAACCUCAUCUAUAUCUAACGAGAACACGUUUAAAACUGAAUGUUCAGUAGAAACUAGAGCUCAAAGAACAUCCGAAAAUAGUUCUAGUAAACUGAAUGAAAAUAUAGAAAAUAAACCCUUGUUGCGAAAACGGAAAAGUAGCACUAGUGACCCGUGCGCAACUAAAUUUUUUGAAUCUGUUAACAAGAACGGAAUUGAGAAAAAAGAUGUAAGGAUUAAAGUGUGGAAGCUUAUAAACGACAUUUCAUAUGGAGUCACAGUAAGAGUUGAGCGUUUGGAUAUGAAAAAAAUUCGUAGGUAAUAGGCUAUUGUAGGAAUAGGUUGUGCAUAUAUAAACAAAAAACUUUUCAACGUUUUGUAUUAACAUAAGUUUUAUUAAGAGCUAACUGUAUUAUAGAUUAUUAACAGAAGUUGAAAAGGUAUUUGGUACAAAUCAAAUCAGCCUUAAGUCUGAAUUUUUUAAUAAAUUUUAUUGAUGGCAA